UGCUCCCUCUAUCGCGUUCCGCUUCAGCUUGGAACAGACCAGGGAGAGGCGAAGGGGGGCGCGGGCUCUACAGGAAGUGAGACGCCGCCGCCGCCGCCUCCCUUCGCGGCCCUCGGGGGUGUGUUCGGGAAGAGAAGGCUUCGUGGGACGAAAGCACGGGGCUGGAGGCUCUCUAGCGGCAGCGGCGGCGCCUGGAGAUGGAGGACGGCUCUGCGCAUCUAAGUCAAAGAAGGAAGCCUAACUGUCCAAAUGUUAAAGAGGAAGCUCCCAAAAAAGACAACGAGGAAAGCAAAAAAUCAAAACGAUCUCCGAGAUAUAUCUUAAUCCCACGUUUUGCAAAGCUUUUUUUCGGCUGUCUUGCCGCAAUUUUAAGUGGAAUGAUGUAUGCCAUAUACCUCUCAACAUACCAUGAACGGAAAUUCUGGUUCUCUGGCAGACCGGAGCUUGAGCGGGAAAUCACAUUUCAGGGUGAUAGUGCUAUUUACUACUCAUUUUACAAAGAAUUAAUAAAGGCACCUUCCUUUAAAAGAGGCAUUUAUCAGCUUACCCACGAUAACAGCACUCUCUCAAUGAAGACCAUGAAUGUUGUGCGACAGAUGACUUUGUACCCAGAGUUGAUUGCCAGCGUCUUGUAUCAAGCAUCUGGCAGUGAAGAUGUUAUAGAACCAGUAUAUUUUUACAUUGGCAUCGUCUUUGGACUGCAGGGGAUCUAUGUGACUGCCUUGUUUGUAACCAGCUGGCUGAUGAGUGGGACUUGGCUUGCUGGAAUGUUGACAGUUGCCUGGUUCAUUAUAAACAGGGCUGACACAACAAGAAUAGAUUACUCUAUCCCUUUAAGAGAAAAUUGGGCCAUGCCAUAUUUUGCUUGCCAAGUUGCAGCUUUGACUGGUUAUUUAAAGAACAACUUAAACUCAUCUGCUGAGAGAUUUUGUUACCUGCUGGUCAGUGCUUCAACAUACACUUUUAUGAUGAUGUGGGAAUACAGUCACUAUCUCCUGUUCAUCCAGGCUAUUUCUCUCUUUCUGCUAGAUCUCCUAGGUCUUACACAGACUGAGAAGGUACAUGAAGUUUAUAAAAUUUACCUGUUUUCUCUUUUCCUGGGAUACAUGUUACAGUUUGAAAACCCAGCUUUAUUAGUGUCUCCACUACUCAGCCUUGUUGUAGCUGCACUCUUGGCAAAAUACCUUCAGAUGAAUACAAAAAAGGGAACACUUCUCUCACGAAUGCUGAAAGUUGUUUACUUUUAUUUGGUAUUUACUAUGACGGUGACAUUAAACCUCGUAGCAAAGACCUUUAUUUCUCAUAAGGAACAUGAACAUUUAAUGAAGGUUCUUGAAGUCAAAUUUGGUUUAAACACAACCAAGAACUUCACUGUAAAUUGGUUUCUGUGCCAAGAGUCUUUUCAGACAGCAUCCCAAGACCUUUUCCUGCGGCUCACUCAGUCUUCCCUUCUGCCUUUCUACAUUUUAGUGCUAAUUAUUUGCCUGGUCUCUGUUGGUCAGGCCAUAUUUAAGAGAAUGGGUGGCCAGCCUGUCGGUGAAACAACUACAUUCAAAGUUGGCAGGAUUGGAGAAAGGCCAGAAGUAGUGUACCACGUCCUGCACAGCAUUUCCCUGGGGUUGCUUGCUGUGAUGAUGGAAGGAAUGAAAUACGUAUGGACUCCCUACGUUUGCAUGAUUGCAGCAUUUGGAGUCUGUUCCCCAGAGCUCUGGACGACCCUUUUCAAGUGGCUCCGACUAAAGACUGUACACCCCAUCUUGCUGGCCCUCGUCCUGAGUAUGGCAGUCCCAACAAUCAUUGGCUUCAGCUUAUGGAAAGAGUUUUUUCCUAGGAUAAUGGGAGAACUUACAGAACUGCAAGAAUUUUAUGAUCCCGACACUGUAGGACUCAUGACCUGGAUCAAAAGGCAAGCUCCUAUUGCCGCUGUGUUUGCUGGCAGUCCUCAAUUGAUGGGUGCGAUCAAACUGUGUACUGGCUGGAUGGUGACAAAUCUGCCCCUGUAUAAUGAUGAGGAUCUGCAAAAGAGGAAUGAACGCAUUUUUCAAAUCUAUUCUAAAAGAUCCGCUGAUGAUAUCUAUAAGAUACUCACGUCCUACCAAGCCACCUAUCUGGUUAUAGAGGACUCCAUUUGCAAUGAAGUGGGGCCUGUGAGAGGAUGCCGAGUUAAAGACUUAUUGGACAUUGCGAAUGGCCAUGUGUAUUAUGAAGAAAAUGAUGGCUAUGGAUACUCAAAGUACGGACGUUUUUGCCAGGAGAUCAAAAUGAACUAUUCUCCCUAUGUGAACUACUUCACUCGAGUGUACUGGAACAGGUCCUAUUACGUAUACAAAAUUAACACUGUCAUAUCUUUUCAGUCCUGAGAAGGCGUGCAGAUGGCAUCCUCUUUAAAGACUGCAUUGAUUUGCAGCAUUCAGAAAAGCAAGGAGGCUAUUUACAAACUUUUCUUUUUUUAUUAUAUAUAUAUAUUGCCCAGAAGCUGAUACACAUUAUUGAAUACGUGCAAAAUAGCCCUUACUUAGCAUAUCUGACUGGAAAAUUACAGACCGACUGCAGCAUGGCAAGAGAUACAAGAUACACUCCAGGAAGAUGACAACGAAGCGAUGAGUGUCUUCCAAUUUUCCAAAAAUCUCUUCACAGCAUUUGUGGUUUAACUAAUCUUGUACUAAAUUGUGCAUUGAUUCCCCCCCCCCCCCCGAUGUCAGUUUUAUAGCAAUUACUAGCUUUAGCUAGAUUAAUUUACUGUACUAGAUAGAAGAAAGGGAAUGUAUGGAUUUGUUGGGAAUGACCCUCAAGCUGUGCGUAUAGACUGUCAUGUUUUUAGCUUUGGGCUCCUUCCAUAGAAAUUGAAAAGGCAAUGGACAUUUCUUGGGAUUGGGAAGCCGUUGAAAAGGAACUUGAGUUUAAGGAUGCUUUCGCAGAACUUUGGAAAAUAAUAUUUUAGAUCAGAUUGAUCAUGCUAUCUGAGAGAUCCUGCAAAGUAUAGUCCUAAAAAGUAAACAUCUCAGUUUGUCCUUUUCCUGAGGCUGAUUCUUCGCAAUCAAGAAUCCUGGCUAUGUUCUGCUUUUGGAUUCAAGACAGUGCCAGAGCUGUCAGUGAUUUUGACAGCACACAAUUAGAUUCUAUAUUUGGCCAAUCAAUCAAUAAUGACAUGGAUCAUACUCUAAAAAGUCAGCACAAACAAUAGAAUGUGUGCCUUUGGUUUAUGUUUUGAGAAAUCAAUACUCCAAACAACUUUCAAAGUGCAUAUGGGUGAUUUUUUUAAAAAAUGUGUUAAGCAGACACUUUCAUGUCACGUCUUCUAGUUGGAAUAAACAUUUUGACCCACAGACAAGAAAAGCUCAGAAUCUUACAUUCAAGGAUGCUUAACUUAAUGUUUUUGCAGAGUUCAGCUACUUCACCGGACUCUGUGCCUGCUUUAACAUAAAGAAGAAUCUCAUAGUUUUUCAUAGCAGACCAAAUGUGGCCAUUCUCCACAGUUUGCAUUUAGAUGUACUGUAACUAAGAAGUCACAGAUUGAAGACAAAGCUGGCAACAGUUUAUGAGAGGGUCAUUUUUUUCUGAAAUUUAUUUGUAUGUUACUUUUUAAAUGGUUGUUAUUCUCA